AACCUGCCAGUGCAAACAGUGGACAAUUGUCGGUCGUUGGUGUCGGAUUGAUUGGUGCUUGAAGACAGUUAUCGGAACCUCCGUGCGCGUAUCCUUGGGGCUUGCGUUACCGUUGUUCGUGAUCUCGUUUGAGAGAAGCAUUGCGCAGACGUUUUUGGCUUCUGAUUUCGCUUGUGUCAAUGUUACUUCCUACCGGGCUCGUGGGCUAGGCGUGCGGCAAACCAUUCCCAUUCGAUCGCUGGUGCAACAAAGGAUGAAACGGCACUACUACGUGCACAAAAUGAACAGUCAGGAAAAAUUGGGUGCCCCCACCGGCGAUGGUGCGGACACGGCAGGAAUCUACACCAUCACCGUGCCACGGGUGGAGGUGACUUUUCCGACCGGCCCACCGGAGCGUACCGGUAAAGGCCCGGGGCAUGCGUUCACCAGCCUUCUCCAGCGUCCACCGGGAGGCGGGAUCGACUUUGGUACGGUCAACAUUUACCAGACGGGCCGCGAUGGUCCGCUCUCGAACGCGGCGGCAAAGGGAGGCCAACCGACCGGUGCCGUUCCGGCCUUCGAUGAUAAGAGUGAUAACAGCAGCAAUCUCGGGCUGGGGAAUGCCAGCGACGAGGACAGUGAUAUCAUUUCCGAGUACAUCGGCCACUACGGCCGGUGGCAGUUUGGGUGGACGUUCGUGCUGUGUCUGUUCCAGAUUCCGACCACGUUCCACAUUUUCUGUCUAGUGUUUCAGGCCGCCACCCGCGACUUCUGGUGCGCCAGACCGGAACAUCUGGCUGCCGUGCCGGUGGACGUCUGGCGGAACCUCACGCAACCCACCGGCCAGCAGUGCCGGGUCCACGCCGCCCCGUACGAGCACCUGACGCUGGACGGUUUCUUCGAGUACUUCCGGAACGUGGCACCGAACGCGACCAGCGACGGGCAGCUCGGUUGCGAGGCGUACGAGUACGACGAUACCGUCUUUGGCCACACGCUCGUGGCCGAGUUCGGGCUGGUGUGCGACCGGGGCCACCUGAUGAGCAUCGUGGAGAUGUGCUUCCUGGCCGGGGCCGCCCUCGGUAGCGUCGGCAGUGGUUGGAUUUCGGACCAGUUCGGUCGCCGCCACACGCUGAUGGGAUUCGCCCUAAUCCAGGGUCUGACCGGGAUUGCGCUCGGAUUCGUGACUUCGCUCGAGCUGUACAUGGGACUGCGGGUGGUGAUUGGGUUCGCGUCGAUGUCGGUCGCCGUGGUCAGCUUCGUGCUGGUGGUGGAGCUGGUCAGCGGCCGGUACCGCACGAUCAUCGGCAUCCUCAACAUACUUCCGGUGGCCUUGGCCUACAUCCUAGCCGCAGGGAUCGCCUACGUCACCCGCGACUGGCGCACGAUGCAGUUCGCCAUCACGCUGCCCGGGUUGGCGCUCGUCACCGUGUGGUGCCGGUGCCCGGAAUCACCGCGCUGGCUGCUGGCCAAGGGUCGCAUCGACGAGCUGUGCCGGCUGCUGGAGCGGGCUGCGUCCACCAACGACCUGCAGCUGCCGGAGAACUACCGCAAGGCGCUGCUAGUGGAGGCCAACGGGGACGGGAGUUCCGAGCCGGAGGCGGCCGUUUCCGUCGGGGACGUGUUCCGGCGAAAGUUCAUCCGCACCACGCUCGUCAUGAUCGUCGUGUGGUUCGGUAUCAUCCUGAUCUAUUUCGGCAUCACGCUGCAUCUCAGCAACCUCGGCGGUGACAUCUAUCUCAACACGGUCAUUGCCGGUUCGGUCGAAUCGAUUGCCAUCUGUCUUAGCAUCGUGGUCGUGCUGAAGCUGGGAUUGCGCAUUAAUUUAUUCCUCUACAUGGUCGUGGCCGGGCUGUCCUGCAUCGUGAUGAACUUCGUGCCGGAUGGCAACCUCUGGCUGAUAAUUACGCUGGCGAUGAUCGUCAAGUGCUGUGUUGGAGCGUGUAAUGCCAUCAUCCCGACGUUUACCGCCUACCAGUACCCGACCACGAUGCGCAACCUUGGCGUCGGUGUGGGCAACUUUGCUGCCGGCGUGGCGCUCAUCAUCGUACCGUACCUUUGGCUGUUGGAACACUACGAUCAGUACCUACCGAUGACGAUCAUGGGUGUGUUCAGCAUCAUCGGGGCCCUCUCGUUGGCCGUCCUGAAGGACAAACUCAGCCCGAAGUACCGUCAACGGAAGCAGGAAAAGUUGGCGUACAAAAAUGCGGCCGCCAACGAUGGCAAUCCACACGCCGACGGUGACGGUUCGCGGAGGCGCAUGGAACAGCACUUUGCACGCGAAACCGACGACGGAGGCUUCAGCAACAUUGGCUUUGCCCAGAAUGAAAGCAUUUUUCUCUAAGAGGCUCCGGAGGAGGACAAUUCCCCGCACAUCCACACUCGGUGCUGGGUAGAAUGGAGUAAAACAACGAAAAGUAUAUACAAAGACGAGUCUUCUAACCCUUGGCAAGAGGAACGGUAGUGUGGUAGGAAGAAACGGAAUGGGAACAACUUCAUCGAAAGAAUUUAAAGCUAGCAUUUAGCAAUAGCACUAUGAUAUUAGACACACUAAUGUCGAACGUAGGAUCUUAAGCUCCUCUGCAGCAAACAAUGACAGUAUUUCGAAUGGGUCGGGAUGCAAUAACUAAAAAGGAAAAUGUACGAACGAACAACACAGUAUUGAUGUGACCGUAUUGUUUCGUAGUUUAUAGUCGCGAAAACAAAGAAACAUCGAAAUCAAAAUACGGCCACACGUAGACGAAAGUACACAACAUGUGAUAAAAUAGUACUACUUAUUGAAUCGUGUUAACAUUCCUACGGAGUUAAAAACCCAUAUGAGGAUGAAACCAGAUUUCAUGGAGACGUAUUUAUUGCCAGCCAAGCAAUACCGCAAACAUAGCAUAUAGGAUCGGGUCAGCAGGAAAUGUAUGGUAGUGUAAAUUUUAAAAAAUGUCAGUUUAUGUUAACGUGCUUUAAGUGCUUUUGUUGUAGAUGGUAAGAAAACUGAUACAUGUCACAAAGCCCUGAUCUUCGGCAUGAAGUGAGGAAUGAUUCAAGGACUGUAUGUGAAAAGAAAUUGGUUGAGUAAAUAGAUUUAUGAUUUAUAACGUCCGAUUAAA